GUUGUAGUUCCACUGCAGCUGGAGAACACUGUUGGAUACCAAGGGUUAUGUUAAGGAAGUUGGACAUCAUAGUUCAGAUUUCCUGUUUUGGAUCUUAAGAUAGUGUGCGGAGCUGGAAGAAAACAUUAGGAAUUGCCAACCCUCUCUUCCUCUACAUCAUAUUCUGUGAAGCUGGGCGAGUCACUUGGUUAAAAGAGAGGCUGAGAAAAGGAAACCUGAAGGUCUCUUCUCGAAAAAAGAGGGCACAACUUGGAUGAAGUGUGAGUGAUGGAAGACCGAACCCUAAUGCUGCGUCUCACCUUUCCAACUCUGAUUAUACUGCAGGGGAUUACACAGUUAAGGAGCCAAAAGUGGGAUCUUCCCCUGCAGCAGAACAUUUUUGAUGACCAGUACAUAAGUUGUUCGGAAAAUCUGGAAACUGAAAUCAUGCCCAAUCUGCUCAAAGAAGAGAAAUCUCAAAAUCCACAGUUCCGUGAAGCAUGGGAUAAGGCGGAAGAAAAAUGGAGAAACCUUACACUAUCCUUUUAUUACGAUUACAAUUUCCCUCUAUGCCCUGUUAUGUUUAAAGAUGAAUAUUCAAUCGCUCUAAUAUUGUACACCAUGCAAGACCCCGACGUCCAAAAGGUUCGACAGCAAUUUAACGCCAACGUAAGCGUAGCCGGGGUAUCCAGGGAUGAAUACAUGAAGAAUUUUCAUUACAAGUCUCUCCACUUUUACCUAACGAGGGGAUUACAGACAUACCCAGUAAAGCAGAAGGAAAAGAUCCGCGUCUUAACGAAGGAUAACGUCCCAGAGAAUACAUCGUUUGUUUUCCGUUAUGGACAUUUUUUAAGGUCCACAAGAGAGAAAAUGAAGGUUUCGACACACAUCCUAACCUCGUAUUUUGGUUAUAAAACAGACUGCUUCGGUAUAUACUACAAUGAACCCUCGGAGAUCAUCAUUCCCAUUUCCGAGACGUUUUUUUACGUGGGAACCAUCGAAGGAAUUCAAUACGUCAUCAGCUCCGGUCUACAGUGCAGCUACUUUAACUGUGCAUACUUGGGAGCUGAAAAACGAAAAUCUCCUCUCUGCGGAUCAGACUAUGACCAGAAAAUCUUCAAUGGUUCAGGUCCAAGAAGAGGUUUCCUGCUCUGUGGCGGUGCGAUCCCUUACAUCUUCUGCGGAUUCAUUUUGGUUAUCGCCGAGGCUUUCUCAAAACUCGUGUGCUCCUUCUAAGCGCAACAUGUACUACUACUGCAUUGUGAAUUGCACCGGAUGGGAUUUGUGGCUCCUUCAAUCUCAUAUAGCAUUCCGAAUUUGGACGUUCUUCCAUCAUUGCCAUUAA